AAAGAAAAUUAUCCCGAGUGUCUUCUAUGAAGUGUUUUGACGCUUACUAAAUACCGAGACAUUCGCCCACAAGGAAACACAACAGGAAAAGAGAUCUUCCUUCAUUAAACCUCAAUUUUCGCAAAAUAGUCAAAGGAGCUCGAACUGAUAUAUGAAUGCCGUGAAGCCCAGGGAAUAGCAUUGUUGGGCAUGAACUGAAGUGAGAGAUUAUUGUAGUUGAGAGUGAGUGAAGAUAUGCUUAGUUUUCUUGUCAGAAAAGAUGUCAGAAAACUUCUCAAGCGCAAGGAUAGUGAUGCUGGGGAAAAAGGAAGGGCUUUAGAGGAGGUGCGAGCUUCUUUGUUUAGCAAAUUACGGGUAUUUGGAGGUGCGAAGCGACAACCGACCCUAUGGGGCCCGAUCGUUGCUCUGUCAUUCAACUUUGUGGUAUCUGUUGGCAUUAUAUUGAUGAACAAAUUGGUUCUUGUCAAAGUCGGGUUCAAUUAUCCAAUAUGUCUAUCUUUCAUACACUACUUAUUUAGUUGGUUGGUAAUGGCCAUUUUAAAGUGUUUCUCUAUCCUUUCAUUGUCUCCCCCGCCAAAGUCCACGAAAUAUUCCUCGUUGUUGUCUCUUGGGAUAGUUAUGUCUCUCUCUACCGGUCUUGCAAAUGUCAGCUUGAAGUACAACAGCGUUGGAUUUUAUCAGAUGGCUAAGAUUGCAGUUACACCCGCUAUUGUGAUUGCUGAGUUUAUAUUCUUCCAGAAAAGAAUUUCCUCCCCGAAGGUGAUUGCACUUACUAUAGUAUCCAUAGGCGUUGCUGUAGCUACGGUGACCGAUCUGCAAUUUCACUUCUUUGGUGCUUGCAUAGCUGUAGCGUGGAUAGUACCAAGUGCGACUAAUAAGAUACUAUGGUCUAAUCUUCAGCAGCAAAAGAACUGGACCGCAUUGGCGCUAAUGUGGAAGACCACACCUAUUACAUUGUUCUUUCUGGUUCUUUUGAUGCCAUCGCUUGAUCCGCCCGGCGUUCUCUCCUUUAAUUGGAACGUUUAUAACUCGACGAUUAUUUUUGCUUCCGCUGUUCUCGGUUUCUUGCUUCAGUGGUCAGGUGCUCUUGCACUUGGAGAAACAUCUGCAACCACUCAUGUCGUCCUUGGACAGUUCAAAACAUGUGUGAUUCUGCUCGCUGGUUUUCUGCUCUUCGGUUCAAAUCCCGGAGUGACUAGCAUUUUCGGGGCAACCACAGCUCUUGUUGGUAUGUCUAUCUACACUUAUCUGAACUUGAAAUCGAAGCAGCAAGCUGCGAGAACGCCCACUAGACAGUCUCCACUUUCCUCGCAAAAAUUGAAGAACGAUGGGGAAAAUGGCAGUACUGAGAACGGAAGUCUUGGUGACGAAUCUGUUUAGUGAAUCCUUGGAAGUAAUUAAAUUAAAACCGCGAACCCACAAUGCAAGCCGAGGUGUUACUAACUUCAUUAGUUAGAUUGUGUUAGUGUUGUAAAGAGCUUGAAACAAAAGUUUGAGUUCUUGUGAUGAGAAUUGUAGUUGAUAGCUGACCUAAACCAAGUUACCAAACCCUCCUGAAGCAUUGUGGCUAAGGUUUUUAAGAUUAGAUUUCAUAUGAAAGCUUCCCAAUUUGUUUGUGUUGGAGGAGUGAGCAUGUAGUUUAUUGGCUCAAAUAUUUCCAAUUUGGCUUCUAUGUUAUUGUCGCGCCGACAAUUUUUUUUUUUUU